AUUUAAAUCAACCCAAAAUGUCUGAUUAUAGCGAAGGUGAAGGAGAAUUAAGCGAGAGGAGCGACUCUGGCUGUGAGACUGAUAAUUCACCUAGGUUUGGAGAGGAAGAUGACCAGGGAGAAGACCAACCAGGAAAUGGGAUGAUGGAUCUGAGGACUACUGAGUUUAGAAAUGAUGAUUUCGAACUACCGCAAGAUGAUUAUGAGGAAAUGGAUGAGAAGAAAACACCUCAGAAGGAAUCCAAAACCUUUUAUAAUGAUGACAAACUUAACCCUUUCCAGAGGAAUUCCUCACUUGAGCAUGAAAAGCACAAAAAUUCAAAUGAAAAGGUAAAAUAUGAGCAAAGGUCUCAACAAAGUCCUUACUCUCAUGCGAAAGGGAGGAACUCAGAUGCUUCUAAAGGGAAUGAUGAGCUAAAAUUUAUCCUUUCGCACUCAAACACUCUUCUUACUUCUGAAAUCCCUGAGGAUGCAAGAAAUAAGCAAGCGAGGAACAUUAUUGAUAUUGAUGAAGACAGCAAUGAACAGUAUGAAGAUUUUGAGGAUCAUCUGCAUUAUAUCCGCAGUCAGGUCGAUUCUUUAAAAUCAUCCUUCAAAGUAGAAUCUGAAAGGAGGAAUAACGAAAUGACUGAUCUAAAGAGUAACAUAGAAAAUGUCAAUGAGAAAGUGGAUAAGAUCCUUUCAUUACUAACCUGUACUAAGAAUGAAGCUGAUUUUAGUAAGUACAGGACAAAUACCUUCAUCAAUACUUCAACUCCAAAGAUGUUGCACCAGAGGUCAUCAAAUGAUUUCAGUAGACCAAAGGCUAGGAAUGUUCAAGCCUUUGAUGACUCAGAAGCCUUACUGAAUAAUAUGGUUGAGAGUCAGCUUAAGAGAGAAGAGAUUAAGAAAAAGGAAGAUGAGAAGCCAAAGCUAGACCCUGUACAGUACAUCAAACCUGAAGUUGAGGAAAGGGACUCUCACCAUGAAGAUAAGGAAAAGGAGCAAACUCAACCUGAAGAUGACCUCCAGAUAGAAGACAUCCAAUCCUCUGACAGUAACAAUGACAGCAAAUCUUCAGGCCCUGAAGGAGAGGAGAGCGAAGAAGACCUUCAGGAGGACUCUGAAGACGAAAUUAGUGAUAAAGAACAAAAUAAAAAGGAAAAGGAGAAUGAAAAUAUUGAAAAUUCUCCAAAAUCCUCCAAAGGCCCUAGAGAAGUGAUUUCUGAGGUCAUCGAAGUUAAACCGAAGAAUAGUACUAAAGAGCAAGAAGAUGCUACCAAUGAUGAAUUGAAAAUAACUAUGAAGAAAUCUGAUGAUAACUUCUGCCUACCUUCACCUAAAAAGGAACCAAUAGAUUAUAAUUCUCUAGAGAUAGAGAUCGAGUCUAAUAAUAAUGAUGUUGUCAGUCAGUCCUCCAGUAAGAGAACUAUUGUUGAGAGCAAAGUCUAUGAUAACGAGGAUGAUUUUGUAAAGUCAUUUUUAGAAGAAAUUAAGGAAGAGAGUUCCAACCUCACCAGUGGUGGAACACCUCUUCAAACUCAUUUAAAAGUUCCACCCCAAGUUAAAAAGGCGCAAAGCUCGCAGACUAAAGUCAAACGUCCAAAGGUGUUGAUUAGAGAUAGUAUUGAAGACCCCAUGGAUCUUUUAUCACAAGAUUUUGAAGUUAUUGACCAAAGUAUAAACCAUGAAAACUCAAUGGUAAAAGAGUCGUCCCAAUUAGAUAGCACUAUCAUCAGCUCUGGGAAACAGUGACUGGGGCAAAGGUUUGAGGUAAACCAAAAGAAAACUCCUGAGAAGGAGAAGCAUGCUGUUCCAGCUAGACUUAAAUCAACAGUGAAGAAAUUCAACAACACUCCAGUGAUAAACCUUGAAGAGACCGAAGAUGAUCUAAUUGAUAUCUUGAUCUCUGAAGAAGGAGAAAUUCAAGAGGAAUCUAUCAUAAAAUACUCUGAAAAUUCUUUAAACAAAAGAAACGCAAUUGAAAUUCCUAAAAGUCAGCUUGUCAAGGUAGAUCCUGUUGAAAGAUACAAAGAGAUUAUGAAGAACUCACAGAAAUCUAAGGAAGGGCUUAGGAAAGGCACCCAAAAUAAACUUGGAGAUUACCAAUUAAACAACACUCAAGAGGAAGAAUCUGUUAAAUUAGAGGAUAUAACAGUGGCUGAUAGACUACAAAAUAAGCAAAAGAUCAUAAACCCUCAAAAAGAAAAGGAUGAUGGGUCUAAAUAUAGAAGGAAUAUCUUCUUUGGAAUCUCAAGUCAGAAAGAUGCUAAUGAGAGUGAGGAUAGAGACCUAAUGGAACCUGAUGACUACAUUGAGCAAUCAAUUCAAUCUCAAAGGAACCAGCUAACACCGAGCAACAUGAAUAAAGAUCCAAAUUUCUUCGGUAAACCCCAAAACAAAAGGUCCCCAAAGAAACUCAAAAAGGCUAGAAAGCCUAUCAGAUUUGACGAUGGUGAAGAUGAUGCUAUGAACAUCGAAGCACUAAUAAAUGCAGAGAUGGAAAACAUGUACAAUUUAGGAUAAAUUUCAAUACUUUUCAUCGCA